CUCCCGGUGGUUGCAUGAGUGGUGUUUCCCCAUUUUAUAGAUGGAAACCGAGGCCUGCGGUGGUUCAGGGACUCAGAGGCAGGCCUGUGGCUUCCAGGCUGCAGGAGCGCCCGGGGGAAGUCCUGGAGAAGGAGGGUCGGGGGCUUCGAGUCCGUCCCGGUCCCUUCCCCGCAGCCCGCUGGGCGGCAGGGCGCUGCAGGAACAGGCGCUCCUGGAGCCAGCGUGUCCCACGUGGCAGGACAUGGCCCCAGCGCUGUGGGUGGAGCUCUCUCGACAAACCCCACGAUGCUGCUCACAAAAUCAGCGAGACCAUCUGGAGGAAAAGAGACGUAGAGUUACAUCCAGAGAACGAGUUGCUGGACCGCUCCCUGCAGAAGAACCGGGAAGAGUAAGACCAGGAACACACGUGGAAGAAGAAGAGAGAGAUGAUAAAGUAAAGCCUGGUCACCUCCAGGAAGCAGAUGGCAGGCAGAUAACGCCGAGGCAAAUGAACCCAAUUACCGGUCCGCCGGACCCAAUUACCGGACUGCCUGACGCCAGCGAUGCCGGUUUUGAAAUAAUGCAAGAAGAAGAAGAAUGCAGGACUUUUACCACUUUGCUCCUUAUUAUGACUCCCUGGACUGCGGUGGCCGCCCGAGGGGCGGGGACGCCAGCCGGGGCCUCCAGGCGUGUGUGGGCAUCGUGUCUGCAGCCAGCGUCCCCGAGGCCGCGCUCGGCCCAUAAUCACUCAGUGAAGCUGCGCCGCAACAGCGCGGCCAACUUUUUCUGGCACUGUGAGGAGGACCUGUGCACGUUGCAGGAUUCGGUGCCUCUGCCCGCCGUGCGCGCCUCCCUGCGGGAGGGCCUGCUGGACUUCAACGCCGACCGCCUCCGCGGGGUGGACUGGGCGCCGCCCCUGAGCACCCUCUGCCCCCGAUCUGUAGAUCUGUAUCCAGAGCUUCUUCCAGCCACGGCUUGGCGAGACGGGUUCUGACAGAAAUAAAGUUUCCAGAAGUCGUGUUCCUGCAAUAAGAAAUAAAGAUGUGACCUUCCAGUUGUGUAAAGCUCUUAAAUGCUGUGUAAGUGCGUCAGGUGUGCUAAGGAACCUGGAGCUAAAUGGGCUAGUUCUGAGAGAGACUAAACUACGUUAACAAAGUUAUUUGUCAAGGUAUAAGGAACUCUAUCACUCUUAAGACAGUAGACUUCACGGGCUGUAAUCUGAAAUGGCAGGGAGCAGAUCACAUGGUCAAGAUCUUAAAGUAUCAGACUACCGGAAGGCAUGAAGAAACCUGGGCUGAGAGUCUUCGUUCCAGGAGACCUGAUCUUGACUGUAUGGCUGGUUUGAGGCGCAUCACUCUGAACUGCAGCACACUCAUUGGUGACCUGGGUGCAAGUGCUUUGGCAGAAUCUCUUAGUGAGGAUUUAUGGCUUAGAGUUUCAAGUGUGAUUUGAAGCUCAAGAUCAUGAUCAAAAGAAUGCAGUGCAUUUCUGAGCUCCAC